AGCGUCCACAGCGUCCAUUUGUUUCGUUUCUCAUAUGCGCUCAUAUGCCUCCUCAAAUCAACAUGUCGGCGUGAACAAGUUUGUAGCCAGAUUUGUCCCAUUUGACCGACUUUUCUUCCCGAUAUUCACCGUAAAGGCCCCCAACUGAGUCGUAAAAAAAAUGGGCGCCCUGUACCCGGGCGACGACUUGGAAGACGAUUUCGAUAGCUACCUCCUCGAAGAAGAGGAGCCCUGGAUCCAAAAGGUAUACAGCCUGAAUCCCAACGCUGCGAGCGAUGUGUCGCACUUUCUGACCGACGACCAGUUGUACGAAAUGCUCGCCUUCCCGCGCGACUACGACUGGUCGACGACGGUCAUCUUCAAGUUCGACGUGGGCUGUCCGGACGACAUAUGGCCCGAUCUGUGCAAGUUCAUCGACCACUGCCCCGAGGUCAAGUUCGGCGGAUGGGCGCGUACGCCCGUGGCCUACGUGCACCUGAUAAAGACGUGGACAGUCGACGAAGCCGACUUUCUGCUUGACAAGCGGGAAAUGGAGAUCGAGGGUGUUCACUGUCGCAUACUCCCCGUUCGAAUCGUGGACUGAAAUGAACCCCGUGUCCGUUUUUGAUCGUUGAAACGUCAUGCCAAUAACGCGUAUUGUUUCGUUGUACA